AGUUCUGCCGGUCAUGCUCUGAUUGGAUUAAUCCGAAAAGUGUGACGUAAUGUGGGCACCCAAACUCAGCUUUCAAACGAAAACCGACCCAGGAAAGCCGAGAGUGCACUGCCCGGAGUGCGGGUUGUAUCAACGCAGCCUCUGUGACCCGUAAGGAAGAGCAUUUAAACUUUCAUCCGCAAGAGGAUCUCGUCUUUCCGAUACGCGGAUCUGUUCGUGCGUACGAUCGAGCUGAGAAAAAAGAAAACAGUGACAAGCUGGCAGGGAAACCGCGAGCAACUGGUGGCGGCGGUGUGUGUUCGUGGAAUAACUGAUAGGCAAAGUUGUCUAGCGCUGGCUAACGAUUGAGAGCUAAGGUAAUGUUCAAGUUUCAUCUGAGAGAGAAGUGACAUUUUAGGAUGUGUCACCUUGGUAAAAAGCCAGGACAAGUUUGCAAUUCUGAUUCACUGUUUCCGAGAAACAACAAUUUCUUGUGAAUUUACAAUAACGUUUGUCACCAUUGUGCAUAGCUAUCAACCCGCUGGCAUUGGACUUGUUGAACAGUUUUAGCCUGCUAGUUGGCGAGCAGGCUAGCGUUAGACAAGUAGCUAUUUAGCUAAUGUUAGGUAUCGUUCGCAAAAUAGAAGAACGUAAUAAAAGUUCGCUCAACUUCAUUGUUAUUACCACCAGUGGCAACUUUACAACGAAAAUAAAUAAGUCUGGGGAAAACGCACCCAGGUGGAUAACUUCAGCUAAGUUAGCUAAAGUGAAUACAAGUUAUUUUGAGUCUUUCUCACCUUGCGAAGCACGUCGUUAGCUAGCUUGCUAGUUAACAUUGGGCUAGCCAGCUCAACAGUUAAAUUAGCUGGGAGAACGCGAAGGCUUCCGGCUGGACUAUGAUGUCAAGAAGACGGUUGGAUAGUCGCAGUUGCCCUCCUGGGCUUUUUGGGGAAAUUCAGACCCCUAUCCGGAACGAACCCUUGGACAGCCUUUUCGAGAUGACCAGCGAACUUGGCAGGGGGAAGUUUGCGGUGGUGAAGAUGUGCAUAGAGAAGACCACGGGUAAGGAGUUUGCCGCCAAGUUCCUGCGCAAGCGUCGCCGGGGGCGGGACUGCCGAGCGGAGAUCGUGCACGAGAUGGCGGUGCUGGAGGCGGCGCGGAACAACCCGCGGGUGGUCAACCUGCACGCCGCCUUCGAGACGGACCACGACAUCGUGCUGCUGCUCGAGUACGCGGCGGGCGGGGAGAUAUUUGACCACUGUGUCUCGGACGAGCCGUUGCCGGAGCGACAAAUCACCCGUCUGAUUUGGCAGAUGCUGGAGGGCAUUCACCUCCUGCACCAGAGCAGUGUGGUGCACCUGGACCUGAAGCCCCAGAACAUCCUCCUCACCAGCCUGUCUCCGCUGGGCGACAUAAAGCUGGUGGACUUUGGGCUGGCACGCAGGCUGGGCACCGCGGGCGAGCUGAGGGAGAUCCUGGGCACGCCGGAGUACGUGGCCCCAGAGAUCCUGAACUAUGAGCCCAUCACCACCGCUACAGAUCUAUGGAGUGUGGGAGUGAUCGCGUACAUGCUGGUGGUCGGGGAGUCUCCUUUCGUUGGGGAGGACAAGCAGGAGACCUUCCUCAACGUGUCCCAGGUCAACGUGGACUACUGCAAGGAGGCCUUCUCCCAGGUGUCCGAGCUGGCCGUCGACUUCAUCCGCAAGCUGCUCGUCAAAUCGCCCGAGGACCGGCCCAGCGCGGCGGACUGCAUGACCCACCCCUGGCUGUGGCAGCUGGGCCCGGAAAGCGACCCCCCCACGCCCCGGACCCCCCGGGACAGGAGCGUGGGCAAGUGGGCCUUCCAGCCGGAGGACUUCGAGGACAAGGAGAACUUCCUGGAAUCCUCGUACGGGAAGAGGAUGCGUCUGGAGGAGGCUGCGGCGGGGGAGGGCGGCAUGUGAGCACCCCGCCCUGCCCCUCCCCGCCCUCAGACUGUAAAAUCAAGUGUUGCAAGGGAUGCUGGGAAAAAAAAUCCUGUGCCUCGUUUGUAUGUCUGUCUGUCUGUCUGUCUGUCCACUCCUCUGCCCGUCCCAGUGGCAGACCCGGGUUCUACUUGUGAUGUUUGGCAGCACUUCUACUCUCGCGUGUCUCUGAAGGCCCUCUCAGCUAAACCAAAGAUUGACAGUGUUGUCACGGGGACUUCGCUGCUUUUUAUCUGCAUAUCAAAGGAAUCAUUUUCUGUUAGAAAUUUUAAGUUAGCUUUUUUGCGUGUGUAUAAAUUAUGCUUAGCUUCCACGUAAGAAUAUUUUUUGAUUUUUCCAUUUGUCAUGCCUUUGCUGGUAUUUAAUCUGUUUGUUCUUUUUAUGUUGAUUGAAUCUCGUCUCUUUAUUAUUGAAAUCGAAGGCCAAAAGUCUUGAGGAAAGAACAGCUGGUAAUCUGGCUGCCAGAGUGCUCACACAGCCUCGGUCCUGGCAGGGCGGUGGAGGCGGGCUUAGUCCCACUCAAGUCCCGCCCACCAGGCAGAGCUCCUCCCUCUGAGGGCUCAUGCCCUCACCCAUUUCAAGUCCGGCCUCAUGGCGGCUUGCAGAAGUGACCGUUGCGUGUUCCCGGUUAGCGGCGCGGCGCGCGUUUCCUGCGCAGGCCCUGGGGCUGCUGGACUCUUUGUUCCUUCCUCUCUGUCAGACUCUGACACAGACAUUGCCAACCGAGACCUGGGUCCAAGCUGAGCGUUGAGUAUUUGUACCCUCCCCCCGUCGUCCAAUGACCUGGCUCCUCAGACGGGUCAAAGGUUAGGGGGCAGGGCUAAUUGAGGCCCCUGUAGGAGAUUAGGCUUUUUCAUGAAAUGACUUUAGUCAGUGUUUUCAGCCACCUCUUAACAGUUCCCAUUAGGAAGAGCUAUGCAUCCAUGUUAUACAUGCCUGAAGUAAGUCUGAUUAUGUCCUUUUAUAUGUUUGUAUUUUUAAAGUGCAUUAAUCGUAUGUUUUAAUAUUAAUGAUAAUAUUUGUGUAUUUUAAAUAGAUGUGUGCCAUACAUGUACAUUAAAUCAGGCCAGUAUCUGACUGUAUGUAUUUCCCUCCUGACUGGAACCUCACGGCCUCAACCAAUGAAAAUAAUGUUAUCUUAAUGUCACAGCCUCCUGCUAGAUCCUAUUGGCUGUUGAGCUCAAUGCUUUGAUUUGGGAGUGGCCUUUCUUCCCACUCAGGCCCCUCCCUGACUGCAGCGCCCCCCACCGCCCCCACCCUCCCCACCCUCCUGCUUUUCAGCACAGGAUGCCCCGCACAUUCCCCCUGGAUGCCCGGGCACAAGGGCGUUUUAUCAUUCCAAGGUGGCGCUAGGGGGUAAAAAAGGUGAGCGAUCCUACCACCGUCAUUAACAUUCCGGCUCUUUGCCCGUAGCAACCCGUCCAUGUCCAGGAACACGCUGCAGCCGGCUGAACAUGUCCAGGACCUGUUUCGGCUGAACUGCGCACACUGGUUGCUUUUAUUUCUCCUGUGCCAGUGGAAGUGUAUUGAUCACUGGCCAUCAGAGAGUGAUUAAUUUACAGAACGUAGGCUGUGUGCAGGGGUUCAGUCAGUCUGGCGGGGAGAGGGGUGGCUCUUGCCCUGCUGAAAGACUUCACCUGUAGGAGGCGCUGUAGACAAUUAUGUGCUGCCUCACAGGACUCAACCCAGGUCAGCGCAGUGGGCUACAUCAAGAGCCACAGCUUCGUCAAAUUUAAAGAAAAGCUUUACAGCCCCCCACAGAUAUGUCGCGACAGUUAAGUGAGGCUCCCUCAGAUAUUCUGAGGGUCUGUUUUUAAAAAAGCUUUAAAGCCUGACUCGAACCCGGAUGACAAAUUUAGGACCGCACUGUGCUUUUGUGCCCCCAGCUCCGCCCUGCUUCCGUGAUCUUGACUCAGUGCCCAGAAUGCAGAUCCUUUGAACGAACUGUUUUUCGUGUGCGCUCAGCAGCGCAAGACCAAACUAGUUCCUUUCGCUGCUUCUCAUCGGCUAAACCGCACGCGGAAGCUGCGUGUUUACCAUGAAGCGCGCUCUUUGAGAAAAACGAGCCGUUCUGGGAAACGUGCGCGGUGUCAUGGUUCGCGUACCACACCCAAAGUACAAGUUUUGUUUUCUUGCUACGCAGUGGCAUUGCAGAAGUUCCUCUUACAGCCACUUUCACUAACUCUCAGGCACUUCAGACAAAACUUCUGCUGAGCUUAUAUUAAGCUUGUGCCGAUGCCCCCUUAUCCAAUGAAAAACACCCGAGUCAAAGGGCGGAUAUUAUAGGAUGGAAAAUACGCGGGCAGUGAAAUCUCAGACUUCAUCCCAGCAUGCUGUUCUGCAUAGUCUGGUUCAUUGACGACGGUCCUCGUGAGUUUUGAGUUUUGCUGCUCUCGCAGUAUAGGGCCUUCACAUGAUUUUAGGGGAUAAUGAGCGCAGGGAUUUGAUAGGUGGUCGUUUGACUGAAGACAAGUGGGAGGGGCUUCUUCUAUGCCCCCCCACUCCUCCAAUGAGGUUGAACUUUUGUUAAAUAAAUAAAUAAAUAAAUAAAUAAAUAAAUAAAUAAAUAAAUAAAUAGAUAGACAUGCACAUUCCAAUCUCCAUCUUGGCCUCAGGUGAAUCCAGACUGCACAUGUCUCAUGACCAGCCACUGCUGUAAGCCUGUAUGUCUGUACUGUAUGUGUGUGAUUAAUUCAAACUGCUCUUUCUCGAGUGCUGUACCAGUGUUUACCAGUCGAGUAGGCCCAAGAGCCAUUCUCUCACCGAUGGUAACUCUUCACCAUCAACCCUAGACUCCUACUGCUGCCCCACACAUUUCACAUUUCGCCAAAUUGACGCCAGUUCACCAGCAUGUGGGUCCAUGUAGGAACUCAGUGCUAGCGUAGGGUCAAAUAAACAAAAGCACAGAAUAGCAGAUACAAGUUCUUCCAUCUAGCAGCGUGACACUUGCCCGGGCAGCGGCCGCUCCUGGCCUUCACCUCUAAAUGAAGUCUCGGCUGUGUGCUUCUGGGUUUUGAUGUGUUUUUCAGGUUUUUGGGAAUAGCCUCGGGUGUGUGUCACGCCCUCUUUGGAAGAGCUGCUUCCCUGUUUGUUGAAGUACGCACACGUUAAAACAUGAGGAGGGCACCGGGGAACGCACUUAAACUAGAGCAGAGAGAGUGGAGAUAGCGGACGCUUUUGUGAGCGUGAGUGAGCGGGGGCAGAGGGGCAGCCCCCUUCAGGUUUGGUGGGGGGGGGUUCGGGCAUUGCCGUUGGUGAAUUUGGAAGAUGCUCGCUGGAGAAAAAGGAGAUCAAAUGAUAUUUAUACAAAAGACUCGAUUGCGUGUGGAGCGAUGAGGAAGCGGAGAGAAGCAUUGGGGCUUCACCGAGGCCUGCAGGGCAAUGGCGGGAAGGGCACGGUAACGUUGAGUGGUGGGUUCUGAAGAGGAGGUUCUGUACGUGUGAGCAGACUGGAGCGGGAGUACGGGAGGGGGCAGGGCGAUGGGGAGUGUGGGGAGGCAGUUGUGUCAGGAGGCUGAGAGCGCACAUCCAGCCUCUGAAUUCCUCUUUGUUUGUGGGGAUGCUAGAGGACACAUGGGUUUUGUUAGAGCUUCAGGGUAACUCGGAUAUGUCACUGGCUGGUACUCACAUCAACUGCAGUCUUGGGAUGGUCCCAAAGGGAAAGCAGCAGCUAUACUGUGGGGUGGAUAUACAUGGAUAUUUUAAGAGGCUGUAGUACUUGAAUGUUUGAGGUGAACCAGGGAACAGAUUAUUUAGCUGGUGCCUUUUCAAGUAUCAGUUGAGUAGGUAUGUCAGUAAAGUGAAAGUGGAACAAGCCAUAGUGCUGGAAUGUUUGUCUGUGAGUUGGCAGUGGAACAGGCCAUAGAAAUGUUUGUCAGUGAGAUCAUAGUGGAAGAACUGGAAAGUUUGUAAGGUAGCAAAUGAACAGGCCAUAGAUGUGGAAUGUCUAUCCGUGGUAACAUUGGAACAGCUGGAAUGUUUGUGAGGUAACCGUGUAAUAGGUUAUUUGUCUGUGAGAUAAUGGUAGAAGAGGCUGUAGAGCUGGAACAUUUGUCUGUGAAGUAAUGGGUAACCAUGGAACAGGCUGUAGAGCAGUGGUAAACAACCUUGUUCCUGGAGAUCUAUCGUCCUGUAGGUUUUCACUAAAACCUUAACAGAGCACACCUCAUUCAACAGCUAUAGGUCUGCAUUGAGCUGCAAAUUAGUGGAGUCAGGUGUGCCAAAUUGGGGUUAAAAUGAAAACCAACAUGAUGGUAGAUCUCCAGGAACAGGGUUGGUUACCAUUGCUGUAGAGCAUACGUAUAUGUUACAAAGGUGGACAAUGUCUGAAUUACUGCAUAUCUCCAUACUUCCUGCUCUCAUUGGCUACAAGACUGGAGAACACUGGUACACAUGUUUUGUAAAUUAGAAACUAUGAAAAUAAUGUUGGGAAGAAAUAUAUAUUUAUUUUGUAUUUUAUAGUUUUUUUUAAAAGAUGGUUUUAUAUGCCUGAUUUAUAAGGUUGAUAGUUUUAGAUUGGUCUGAAUAUACUUGCAUCAAAAGAAAAAUUCUAAAUGUGGUCAUUCCUGUUAUUGAGGAAAAAAUGAUUAUUAAAGAUGGAAAAACCCCCAAAUUUU